CCAUCAUCUAAAACCGAUCGAGUUGGCAAUGUCAGUAUAAACGUCAAAUUUUGUGUAAAAUUUGUAAAUUUUGUCCGUGUAAAUUCAAUAUGGAAAAUUAUCUAUUUUUGUUGGAACUGUUUGUGGAUACGGUCACUUUCUCCUCCAACCUCCCCUCGUACCCCCAGGCCCCCGACGUGACGAUCUCCGGGGGCGUGGGGAAGGACAUCAAGAUGGACGUCUUCACGCUUCAGGCCUUCCCCGACUCCAGCGAGAGCCAGAAGGAAAUGCAGAUGAACUGUGGCAGGUCCACGCUGUUUGCCUGCACCCCUGAGGAGUUUCUCAGCAAAAUCAACGCAAAUCCUUUCGAGAUCGUGGUCUACAUCAAGAAUAAGCCCAUUGGGAGUGCGCCUAUUUACUGGACGAGGGAUUUUUUCACGCUGGUCAAAAAAUCGAAGGAGACUUUUGGCGUCAGCGGCCCGGCUUCAAUGCAAGACCAGUUUUUGCUGAAAGAGAAGGAGUCCGACCGGAUUAUGGGCGACAUCAAGGCUAGUGUUAAACUGUCAGCGUUUGGGAACAACAUCCAGACGAGUUACCAGCUCUUGAGCAGCGAACAAGACGCCAAAAGGAAGUUUCUGAUUAGGGGGGCGAGAGGGCAAACCACCUUCCAGUGCCAAAAGAUGAAUGGACAUUCUGACGAGGUCCUCCCUCUCACAUGUUUAUUUUCGGACCAGCGGAGUAACGACGCCUCGAAAAGCCCCUCCUCGCACGAAGAGGAGCCCCUUUCGUGGAUGGCCCUCUUCAAGUCAACCCUCGACCCCAAAUACAGCAGCCUCCCUGAGGAAUUUAACGUCGCUAUCUCGAACGUUUUCACCGGCAAAAACACCUCAGCCCUCACGUUCGACAUAGUCUCCUUGAUGGAAAAACCGGAAGAAAACAAAUAUAUCGAUUUAAGAAUCCGCGGGGGUUCCCACGGUUUUAUUUUCGAAUUUGACAAACCGGGCGAUUCAAGUCUUAACGAAAUUAAACUGGACUUGGAAGAACAAGGUGAUGAUGCAGAAAGCUUAACUGUGGAGAAAAUCAAUCGAAUGUUGUGCAAAAAUAAAGAUUGUCCUGCCGCCAAAAAAUUUAAACAGUUUGGUAUCGGCCCAUUGGCCAACACUAAAGGCCUUGGGGCGGUUUACGGCGAACCGUCAUUACCCACAACUUAUGGUAUAAGUCAAACGUAUGGUGUUUUCGACGAGUACGGCCCUUAUGGGUUGUUCUCGCGCCCUAAACGCCCAUCGCAACCCUUCAUUCCGAAGGAGGACAAGCCCGAUUGGCGGGAAUCGUGCUGGAAGCCCAAAAAAUCCAAAAAAGAUAAACCGUGUGGUUGUCACAAACAGGACCACAGUUUGUGUUAUUGCCAAAAUUUCGAUUCUCCUUUACGUUUGACAGGGGGCGGGGUCUGUGACAGCCCUUUACGUUUGAAGGGUGGCGGAAUGCUUGAUUAUGACGAUGUCAAGAGCCCUUUUCACGAAUGUAAGGAAGUCAUGGAUCAAUUUGACGAAGUCUUACGACAGUAUAAGAAAGCUUUGGGCCCUUGUGGCCAAGUCACGUGCCCUUUUGCCCCCAAUGUCACUAAAGAAAGUUGCAAACAGCGUUGUCAACACGACCAAGAUGUCUACUCGGUUGACGAUUAUUUCAAUAUGGCGGAACCGACGCCUCCUACUGUCACUAAACAACCAGCCAAGGAGAAAUUCAAGGUUAAAGGCGCCUGUGGCUCCACUAAAUGCGCCUACGCCAAGUACAAAAGGGGGCUGCAGGACGAAGACGCCGAAAUGGAGUUGCAAUAUCUCCCAGCAGCCCCCUCGGGCAAGUGCGGACAUCCCAAAUGCCCAUAUCCCGUCCAACCAGACCUGCCCCCCAUCCACUGGGAUUGCCCGGACCCACUCCCCAAAGGUCGGUGCAAAAAUCCCGACUGUCCCUAUCUCCCCAAGGAAAUCAAGUGUUUGAAUGCCGUUUUGGCCAAAGGACCGUGCGGGAAUUUCAAUUGUCCCUUUUCACCGCCACCUCCGUGUGAUUCACCGACGUGUCCUUUCGCCAGUAAGGAGUGUCCCUACGCCGAAAAAAGCGAAACUGAGAGUGUGUGUGACAAUCCCGAGUGUCCCUUCGCCCCCAAAAAGGAGAACAGUUUGUGCGAUAAUCCCGAGUGUCCCUACAGAGGGAAAAAGGAACCGCCGCCAUCUUGUAGCCCCCCGCCACCGUCAUGUCCCCCUGUUAAUCCCUGUCUCCAAAACCUCCUAGCCUACUAUGCUAUGGUGACCGGGAAUGGCGAUUUGUUGCGUGUUUGUUACGGUGGACCUGAAUGUCCUUAUGAUAAUAACAAGGCAAAAAAGAAACCGUCUCCGUGUUACAUCCCGGACGAUCCCUGUGCCAAUCCCAAGUGUCCCUACGUCAAGCAAAAGCCUUCUCCUUGUUACCCUCCCAACGAUUCCUGUGCCAAUCCCGAGUGUCCUUAUGUGAAGAAAACGCCCUCUCCUUGUCACCCUCCCGAUGAUUCCUGUGCUAAUCCCGAGUGUCCCUACAUGGAAAAAUCCCCCGAUAUGGAGUGCGACAAAACGAAGCAAAAUGACGAUUUUUGCGGCAAUAACGAGUGUCCCUACGCCCCCAAAACCUGCUACACCAAACCGCCCCCUUGUUACCCCCCCGAGGAGGAAGGGGUGUGUCCCGGACCCCCGCCUUGUCCGUUUAACUUAAGUAUUUUACAAUCCCUCCUCCCGUUUUUCCCCAUUACGAUAUGUCCUGAAGGCACUUGUCCCUACGGAGGGACGGGCCUCCAGGACCUCCUCCAAAUGUGCAUGGGUGCGGUGGAGUGUCCAAAACCAUGCCCCCCGCCGCCACCACAACCAUGCACCAUGAUGGAGGAGAAAAAAGACGGUGACGUUUGUGCUAACCCGUCAUGUCAGUACAAAAAAACCGACGAAAAAAGCAAGGAACUGAACGAAGGAGUUGAAUACACGAGUGAGACACGUGUGGAGAUUGACAACGCCCCUUGUACCCGGGAGACGUGUCAGUCACAAGGCGGCCAAUUGGUUUGCACCGAAUGUCCAUGUAGUGGCGGUGGGGGUGGCGAGUUUGAAGGGGGUGGCUUGGAGGAGGGGGCGACUGAAUACCGAUCCGAUACUCGGAUUAGUGUCGAUAUGGCCCCCUGUACCCCCGGAACGUGUAAAUCGAAAGGGGGGAAGUUGGUUUGUGACGUUUGCCCGUGUGGUGGUAGGAAAAAGGGCGCCGAAAUCGCAGGGGGGAAGAAGAAGAAGAAGAAGAAGAGGAAGCGCUUCGUGUACACAAUUGGUGAUAAGUACCCCGGGGUUCAUAUCGGGCAUAAGGAGUGCGUCCUCCCGGCCCAUAACGUCCCCCCACGGAUGGGGUGGCUGUGGAACAUCUUCACCCCGUGUCUUAACUUGAAACCGCGGCGUGGUUGGAGGCCGGGGGCAAUUGCCAAGAUUGUGGCCGAGAGGAUCCGCAAGCAUCGGGAAGCCCAAGGGUUGCAAAUGCUGGAGUUGAGGGACUUUCGAAGGGGGAAGAAAGGUGGAGGGGCGUACGAGUCCGGGACUUCGAUCAACAUCCAGCCGAAGCCCACUUUGCACAUUAAAAAGCACGAUGGUUGCUACUGGAUUACCAUGAACCCGCUCAAGGAUCCACACACUCUGGUGGAGAACGAGAGUCCGUACAUGGACUGCACCCCAAUGCAGUUCAAAAUCGUGAAGAAUAAGAAAGAAGGGGAGGAGUACAAGUCGUGUUUUUGUGGCGAAGGGGAGGUGGGUGAAGAGUCGUCAAGUGACAGUGAGUUGGAGAUUGAAUUCACCCCGCCAGCUGGGAUCAUACAUCCUGAACGGUUCAAGAGGAAGAGGAAUGUGGUUCAUUGCGAUACGCAGUACCUGGCGACUGAUUUUGAGGCGAAGUCCGAGAAGAGCGGCAAGAAGGGGAAAAAGGGGAAGAAGGAUAAGAAGAAGAAGGGCAAGAAGGGGAAGAAAGGGAAGAAGAAGAAGUGAUUUUUUUUCAUAAUUGAUUGUGUGUGUGUGGCGUCUUGAAUAAAUAAUUCGGCUUACC